AAAAAUUCACUGGAAAACCCUAACUGUUCAUCUUCCCCCAAUUUUGUUUUUCCUCUCCUAAAAAUUUUCCGAUAAAAAAAUCAAACCCUAAAUCGCACCCAAUAUGCAUGUGUAAGGAUUUUUAAGGUUUGUUUAUGAUUGAGAAUCAUCAUGAUCAUGAGAAGGAGAUUUUAGCUUCUUUUUUGUGUGAAUCUGCUUGUGUUUGGAGGUUGGUUGGAUCUGUUGAUUGAUUGAGAAUCAUCAGGAGAAGGAAAUUUUAGUUUUUUUUUUAAUCUGCUGGGGCUUGGAUGUUGAUUUUUUGAGUUGGAUUUUGUGUAUCUGUUGAUUGAUUGGUUGAUGUGUGUUUGAUUUUUUUUUUUGUAAUGGCAAACGGUUCAGAGAAAGGGGAGAUUGUUGUUUCGUCCAUUAGGACUGGAAUGAAACGGGAGUUUGCAAUGAUGAUGAAGGCUCAAGCAGAUUGGGACAUUGAUGUAGGUCAAAAGAGGGUUACAAGAACACCACAAUCGAGUAUGAAUAGUCCUGGUAACGUUAGCAAUGAUAAGGUUUAUGUGAAAAAGAGGAAAAGGGAGGUGAAAAAUGUGAUUGUUAGUGAAGAUUUGUCGAAUUCUAAGGCUGUUGUUGGUGAGGAAUUGAAGAGUGAUGGAGUUGUGAAAAAGGAUGACAAUGUGGUUUUGUUGAGUGAUGAUUUGUCGAAUUCGAAGGUUGUUGGUGAGGAAUUGGAGAGAGAUGGAGUUGUGAAAAAGGAUGAAAAUUUGGUUUUGUUGAGUGAAGAGGAGGAGCCGAAGAGCGAUGUGGUGGAUUGUAAUAGUGACGAUGAGAAGAAAGGUAAGAUGGAUGAAGAAAUUGUUGGGUCUGGAGAAGAAGGGAAUGCUAGCAUGCAAAAUUGUGGAGAUGAUGCUAAAGCGAAAGCCGAUGAUGGUUUUGAUGAAGAGAUGGCUGAAAUUGUUCCUGAAUUAGCUGUUACUUCUCAGGCUGAUAGUAAAGAUGAGCAAAAAUCUGAAGAUGAUACUAAGAGUGAAAUGCCUAAAACAGGGAAGGCCAGUGAUUGCAUUGUUGGAGCAAUGCCUGAAAUUGUUCCUGAAUUAGCUGUAGUAGCUCAGGCUGAUGGUAAAAAUGAGCAAAAUUGUCAAGAUGAUUCGAAGACUGAAAUGGCUAGAACAGUGAAGGCUAGUGUUCGCAUUGUUGAAGCAAUGCCUGGAGUUGUUCCUGAAUUAGCUGUCACUGCUCAGGGUGAUGGUAAAGAUGAGCAAAAUGUGUUGUUUCAGACACCUAUGAGGCGGUUUACUAGGUCUGCUUUGAAAACAGAAGAUGAUGCAAAGGUAUUUCAGUGCGAUAGCAUUAAGAUUGGGGAGAGUCAUGAAACUGAUUCUGUAGGAACUAUGUCUGCUCCUGCAAAGUUGGAGUUGAAGAUGUCCAAGAAAGUUGCACUAACUAAAAUUCCCACAAAGUUGAAAGAUCUUCUUGAAACAGGUUUGCUGGAGGGUUUACCUGUUCGCUACAUUCGUGGCAUUACAAAGGGGAGAGGGCGUCCUGCAAAAGGACUUCGCGGAGAGAUUAGAGGGUCGGGAAUAUUGUGCUUCUGUGAUAGCUGUCUUGGGACAUCGGUUGUUACACCAAAUCAAUUUGAGCUGCAUGCCAAUAGUGCAAACAAACGUCCACCAGAAUACAUCUAUUUGGAGAAUGGAAAAAGUCUGAGGGAUGUAUUAAGUAUGUGUAAAGAUGCUCCUUCUGAUGAAGUGGAAACAGUGAUAAAAAAUGCCAUCGGGAUUGCAGACCCCAAAUUAUUUUCUUCAGCAUGCACGACUGCCCAGGAGUUUAAAUCUACCCCUGUUCAAACUAGUGAAGCUAGUAGCAGGUCCACAUCAUCUGUGCCUGCUACAAAGUUGACCGAUCGAAUGCCCUCUGGCAGUGGAACUCAAAGCAAAGUUCACGGAAAGUUAACUAGAAAGGACCUGCGCAUGCACAAACUUGUAUUUGAGGAUGAUGCACUUCCUGAUGGAACUGCAUUGGCAUAUUAUGUCCGUGGACAGAAAUUGCUCGAGGGUUAUAAGAAAGGUCAUGGAAUUUACUGCUACUGUUGCAAUACUGAGGUCAGCCCUUCACAGUUUGAGGCUCAUGCAGGUUGCGCUUCACGUCGGAAGCCUUAUUUGUACAUAUAUACAUCCAACGGGGUGUCUCUGCAUGAGUUGUCUAUUAAACUUUCGAAAGAACGAAGGUCCUCAGCUGAGGAAAAUGAUGAUCUCUGCUCAAUAUGUGCUGAUGGAGGGGACCUCCUCUGCUGUGACAAUUGUCCAAGAGCUUUUCAUGCAGAGUGUGUGUUUUUGCCAAGUAUUCCCACGGGUACCUGGUAUUGUAAAUACUGUGAAAAUAUGUUUGCAAAAGAAAGAUUCGUUGAGACUAAUGCCAAUGCUAUAGCUGCUGGGAGGGUUGCUGGAAUUGAUGCCAUCGAGCAGAUAACAAAACGAUGCAUUCGUAUGGUGGAAACUUUAGAGACUGAAGUUAGUGUUUGUGUGCUCUGCAGGGAUCAGGAUUUCAGCAAAUCAGGAUUUGGCCCACGGACAGUAAUUAUUUGUGAUCAGUGUGAAAAGGAGUAUCAUGUUGGAUGUUUGAAGGAGCACAACAUAGAUGACUUACAGGAAUUGCCAAAAGAUAAAUGGUUUUGCUGCACAGAUUGCAGUAGAAUUCAUUUUGCUCUGGAAAAGCUGGUGUCAGAUGGAGAACAGAACAUUCCCGAGUCUCUGUUGAAAGUCUUGAAGGAAAAGAGCGAAGGAAAAGAUUCAGAGAAUAACUCCAGUCUUGACAUUAAAUGGCGUCUGCUAAGUGGGAAAAUGUCAUCCGAAGAAACAAGGGUCUGGCUUUCUAGUGCUGUUUCAAUUUUCCAUGAACGAUUUGACCCAAUUGCUGAUGCAAGUACUAGCCGUCUUGAUUUGAUCCCACACAUGGUCUAUGGAAGGAAUUUCAAGGACCAAGACUAUGGAGGGAUGUUCUGUGCAAUAUUAUUGGUCAAUUCAUUGGUUGUUUCUGCUGGUAUUAUCCGUAUUUUUGGGAAGGAAGUGGCGGAACUCCCUUUAGUUGCGACUAGUACUAAUUGUCAAGGACAGGGCUACUUUCAAUCUCUGUUUUCUUGUAUGGAGAACCUUUUGCAGUCCCUGAAUGUAGAAAACCUUGUACUUCCCUCAGCAGAAGAAGCAGAGUCAAUCUGGACAAAUAGAUUUAGCUUUACGAAGAUCCCUGAAGAACAGAUGAAACACUAUCGGAAAAAUUACCAGAUGAUGGUUUUCUCUGGAACAUCCAUGCUACAGAAGCAAGUCGGGGGUUCUCAAUGUGCUGAAAACAAUUUAAUUUUAGAAGAUGCAUGAUCUGUUGUGCACAUAUUUUGUGGAAAAUGGUUUCGAUCUUUCUGUCUUAAGACAACGGAUGUACAGUGCUCUAGUAUCAGUUUGGUGGUAUAUAUAGGGAAUAGCGUAGACAUCAUAUGUUAACGCCUGUUAAUGUUACUUCAGUUGUUAGUAGGAGCUAUGGUUCAGAAACAUUGGAUUAUCUCAGUUUUGGAAGUUGGCAAACUGUGAAGUUCAGCAGAUUUAGAUAUAGGGUGCUGUCGUGUAUAUCUUAUAUGAGAUGGUUCAGUGCUGCUGUAAAUGGCUCCAUUUUUGCUACAUUUAACAAUUGAAAAGUCGCCUUGGCUUAUCGUACUA